UUUUUUUUCAUACAAUUUUUUUUUUUUAUAUAAGAUGGCAUCCAUUCAACCUGUUCAUUCAGUAUUAUUUGAUAAUAAUCAAGAUACAAACCAAUAUUAUGGUCAGCCACAGUCUACUGCAGGUGCAGAUGGUUUACAAUUUUAUUCAUCAAGUUAUGGGGAUCAAUAUAAUUCAAAUGCUAAUUAUUAUAGUAGUCCACCUACUGGCGACAUGAGAUCUUCUAAUUAUGAUUAUACUUCAGGUGCUUCUGGUUCUUUUUGGAGCGCGUUUGGCACAGGUGGAUUUGCAGAUGAACCACCAUUGUUAGAAGAACUUGGAUUAAACUUUGACCAUAUUAAAACAAAGAGUUUAGCUGUAUUAAAUCCUUUUCGUACAGUACCACACACAAUUAUGGAUGAUGCUGAUUUAGCAGGACCUCUUUUAUUCAUUUUUUUAUUUGGUACAUUUUUGUUGUUGUCGAGAAAAUCACAUUUUAGUUACAUUUAUGGUGUGGGAGUAUUGGGAGUUGUCAGUAUUUAUCUCAUUUUGAAUUUGAUGAGUGAAAAUGGAAUUGACUGGUCAAGAACAGCUAGUGUUUUAGGUUACUGUUUAUUGCCCAUGGUUAUGUUGAGUGGAUUUAGUGUAGUAUUGAAAUUAGAUAAUAUCGUUGGUUCUGUCUUGACUAUCAUUAGUAUAUUUUGGUGUACUUAUUCAAGUUCUGGUAUGUUUACAAGUGUACUUCAUUUAAAUGAACAGCGAUUGCUAGUUGCAUACCCCGUUGGUCUUUUUUAUGCUUGUUUUGCUCUAAUGACCUUUUUUUAAAAUAAAAAUAUUUUUUUAUUAUUAUUAUUA